GUAGACACUUACCGUACUGAAGAAUGACCCUGCAUAUGAGUCGAACACCGUAACCAUUGGACCACGUCACCCCGCAAGACGAUGAAGUGCAAACUUGAUUAAUACAAACAUGCAUCAGUGUCAUAGUCAACAGACCCAGGCCAAACGCAGGGAAAAGCCAUCAUGACAGCGUUGUGAACAAUUGCCAGGGUCCAAGCCAGCCGCUGCAAGCUAGAGAUUUAUUCAUUACUCAACAAACUGCUGUGCCUUGGCAGGAUCUGCCAGUUGGUGUGAAGCAGUCACCCCGUGUACAACACAGCUUUGAACAGGUGCCUCAUUCCUUGAACUCUGGUAGUGUAUUUGGCACAGGGUUCAGCUUUACAAAAUAAAGACAUGCGGCCUAUCUGUAGUGGAUUUAAACCAGAGUCUGUACAAAGUGAAAGCUACAACCAACCCACACUUGGAGGAUGUUCUCACAAACUGAUUUUCAGUGAAGACCAAUCAAGACUUCAACUUGAGGUUACAAACAUUCACCAACCCGUAAAUGGGCAUCCGCAUUCUCAAAAAUUGAUGUCUUUUUCCCAGAAGUGUAUGUCUUCAGGUCAAAUUGGGCAGACUUGCCAUGAUGUAAAGGCAAGAUGUACUGAUAGUGGCUCACACAGAAUGAGUAACUUCCAUGUAGCCCUGCAGCCACAUGCUGCUGAGCAUGAUGAGCUGACAGCAUCUGGAUGCAGUAUGUUGCUACCAGGUGCCAGUCAAGGUCUGCUCACAAGACAUCAUGCUAGAUCACAUGACAUGAAUUCAGGAAGGAAAUCAAGAGACAGUGAAGGCGACAGUGGAGGAAACGUAAAAUCUAGAAAGCGGUUGCAUGGCAAGAGAAGCCAGCAGUUUGUUGAGGAAGAAAGUUGUUACUUGCCAUCACGUAAGCAAUUUCUUAGUGAAGAGAAAAUGGCUGCUAGGAUGAGCAACCUAAGCAUCACAAAUGAAAACAAGAUGGCUUCCUUACAGGAGCGAUGGCUGCAAGCUAAGAUACACACCAAGAGACAACUAGAAGAAAUUGAAAGCAGGUUGUCUGAUUCAGAAUCAGACGUGGAAAGUGAGUGUGACAUCGGUACUACAGGAGAUGAUACUAGCAAGGACCACUGUCGGAUUCAUGUUAGUGCAGAGCUCAAGACAGCUUUGAGACAGCAAGAAGCAUUCUUACCAGACUCUGUUGUCAAGUCUAUGUCCAAUAUCUGCCACCAGAUUGUCCUGUGGAAACCACCAUCCUCAUUUAUUUCUGAUGUCAUCAACCCAUCAGCCUCUCAAGACUUGAUUUCCAAAGAUAGAUCUGAUGGCCAGUCAAAUGACACCAUCAACCCUUCUGCCGGUCAAGUACAUGGUCUCAAUGAUACCGCCAACAAACACACAGCAGAUACUUCUCAUGACAAGACCGACUGGAAAAAUGAUUCGAGUUCAACAGAUGCAACUCAGUUGUUUGAUUUAGUGGAUGAUGAUGAUGAUAUGGAACUGUAGGCUUUGUAGGGCAAUAAGUCUUUCUGAAGGUUUGCUUAAGAACGGUUGGAUGCAAACAUUGUAAAAUGACAUUUGGCUGACUGUUUCCCAGGUGUACAUGUAUAUUCACAUAUUGUCAGUGGGGAAACCAUUAAUUCAACUUGAUUUGUUUGAUAGUACAUUAGUUUAUGCCCCAGUGCCAAAGUGCUGAGUACUAUCAGGCCAUGCUCAGGAGUUAUUGCAUGACUUUGCUCAAGUCAGACUUUUUAUAUUUUGAUAUCCUCAACAGCUGCUUCCACAACAAUCAGCCCUGAAUUGCAUCACUAACAUCUUUAACAGUGCGUGCACGGUGUCUACAGUACGCAUACAAUGUACAUACGCAGAACAUGUGCAUGUAUGUAAUUUCAAUCCGUCUUGAUCAAUCUGCAACGAGUACCCCCCAGCAAUUUAUUCAUCAGUGCAUAUGCAACAUCAUUACUAUGCAUUGUGUGCUGCAACAGCUUGACCAAUCCAAUCUUAGAAGACUUGUUCAUUGUUUUCAGUGGGUGUGGAAGAGUGGAACACAUUUUGCAAAGGUUUUAAAAAAUGAACUGAAAGUUGUGCUAAUUUUAACACGUUUAUGGAGUACUAUUUAUUUUAAGUAAAAUUUUGUCUGAUUUUAAAAAAAUGUGACAUAACAUAAAUAAUAUGCAGACCAAAGUGGCUUUUAAAUGUUAUUGUGGAAAACCUUUAACCCUAACUCCCUAGGCCUUUUUGCUAGGAUGUAGCCUCAAUCCUGCAAAAUCCUCCAAGUGGCCUCGUGGUAAAAUGGCAUAUAGCCUCAAGCCUGAAUCCUGCAAAAUCCUGUGGCAGUCCUGUGCAGCGUGUUGUGAAUUCGCACAGCUGUUUGAAAACAUUGGAACGUACAUGUACCUCUAUUUUGUCAUAUCCCUCAACACAGGUUGCGUGUGCAUUCCUUCAUGAAUCUCAGGCUGUGCGAAUACGCAAACAACUCUGACUGGUGUUAAGAAUGAUUAUAUGUAUGGUUUAAAGCAAUCUGCCAAGGAUGCCAGUGGGUUUUUGCACUAGGGCCUGAAAAAUUUGACACGUGAAAGACGGCCAACUGCAAUACACCAUAAACACAUGCAUUGCAAUAUCACGUGUACAUAUAUAUUGUUUGUCUACUUCGAACUAAUACAAUUUUAUUUAUACAUUUGUGUAUGGAGCUACAUUUAGCAUGGUGAUUGCCAUGGAGCUUCGCAUGCACAAUUCUUUCUGUGUGUGCUACACACACGUGGAAAAAAUGGAAUGCCUGAUUUUGUUUUCUCCAAAACAUGACAAAGCCCGAGUUCUGACUAUAGCCUGAAAAGUGACAUCCCUGAAUCUGCAAGCGUAUUUGGAAUAAAAACGAUAUUCCUUUAAAUACUGGCUCGUUCUCAACUCGAUCACCAUUUUGAAACCGUUUUCUUUUGUCAUUUUUUUUUUCAGGACCAUAAAUCUCAGCUGCUUUCUUCUGGAGGGUACAUGGUAUAAACUUAAAAUAUUGAACAAAAAAUCAACCCUGAUCUCAAGUUGUGCAUAUUACUCUGAUUUCAUGAUUAUGUCGUCAUAUAUCAAAUUACAAGUGAUUUUAGUUGAAAAAGUGACAAGUUCUUUCAC